AAGAACUACGAGAAGACGGGUUUGCCCGACUUCAGACGGCUGGGGACGCUGAGCAGGACGAACGAGCAGUACGAAGACGCCGCGUACGACCUUCGGCGCGUCUACGACCUGUUACGCGCGCUGGGAGAGCCGCACCUGUGGGAGAAGACGGAGCACACCGGAGCGCGAUGGGGCCCGGGGUUCCAGACCAUCCACGUCGCGGGCACCAAGGGCAAGGGGAGCACCGUGGGCUUCCUCGCCGGCAUCCUUCGCGCGUCCGGGUAUAACACCGCGACGUACAAGUCGCCGCACGUGCACUCCGUCGCCGAGCGCAUCACGUGCGGGCCGAUCCCGCCCGACGCCGCGUACGACGAACGAGGCGCGCAUCUCGAUCCAACCACCAGACUCGCCACGCACGGGAAGAUCGACGCGGAAACCGCGCGGAUCAUCCUCGACGCGCAGGAUAAGGAGAAGGGUAAGCUGACGUACUUUGAGAUCCUCACCGUGUUGGCGAUGGUCAAGUUCAGGCAGCUCGGCGCGGAGAUGGCGGUGGUGGAGUGCGGCGUGGGCGGCGAGCACGACGCGACAAACAUCUUCACGCAGGAGUCCAUCGCCGCGGUGGUCAUAACCGCGAUUGGGAAGGACCACGUAGACGCGCUCGGCGGUACUCUCGGGCACAUCGUCCGCGCCAAGUGCGGUAUCGUGCAGAUGCACAGGCCCACGUUCGUG